UGUAGACUUUUAUUAUUGUGUGGGUGGGGCUUGGUGGCUUGGUGGGAGGGGACCAGCGGGGCCACAAAACAUUUUGCUGUAUGGGGCCUGUGAUUUCUGAUGGUGGCCUAGAGGGCAGGUAGUUAGAGCAGAUGCUGGAAAGUAUUAGGAAUGAUAGGGCAAAUUCUAAUAAGAAGUAUUAAUAAAAUCUGAGCAGAUAUUGAGGAUCAGAAUGAACUGUGUUAGAGGCUAGAGCAGAUGCUGAGAAGUAGUAGGAAUGAUAUCAGAGCAGAUAUUGGGGCAGCGGAAUGAUGUUAGAGCAGAUGCUGGGAAGUAGCAGGAAUGAUAUCAGGGCGCAUAUUGGGGCAGUAUGAAAGAGAGUAGAACUGAUACUGGGAAGAGCGUGAACAGCACAACAUCUAGCUAUUCUGAUUGGUUUAAACAUAGGGCAACGCCCUACUUAAAUUAAAUUGGAUAAAAGGAAUUGAUGGACAUCCAGUGCAGCCACUGAGGAGCUGAGGGUAGGAUGACGUCGCAUAGCAGAAUUAUUAAACUUGGUGUAGUGUACCGGGGCAUUUAUAUGCUAUAAGGGACGACAUCGCUUUCAGGAGGAAGUCUGUUAAAUAAUGGGGACGGAGCAGCGAGGAGUAAAUGUGAGACUGAGAAGGGCACGGUGAGUCGCAAGCCUAAAUGGAGAAAGUGGGGAAGCUGAAAGGGGAGGGAGACAGCGGAGGUGUGCCGAGAGCGGAGCGUUCAAUUGGCUGAACUACCGAGUGGGCGGGGACAUUUCUCAUGCCGGAAGUGUGGAGGCUGCCAAACAAUUGGAGAUGCCAGUCGUUAUCACAGAGCAACACCCAAAAGAACUCGGAACUUGGGGCAGAUGGCUUAAAGAAAUAUGAAAAGAUGUCCUUUACCAUUCUGACCCCUGAAGUAGAAGAGGAGCUACAAUCAAUUCCUGACCUGCGCUCCAUUGUCUUGUGCGGCAUUGAAACACAGGCUUGCAACAUGCCAGGUCACCGAUUCAUUGGCCUCUCCCAGAUGAGACAGAGUGGAGCACUUCUAACCACCAGUGAAGGCGUACUCCUACAACUUUUAGGGGAUGCUAAACACCCAAAAUUUAAAGAGGUCCAAAAGAUUAUAAUGGAGCCAGCUCCCGACAGUGACCUUCUGUCUCUUUUCAGAUGCCCAAAUCUUUUCAGCACAGAGUGUUCUUCAAAUGUCUUCGCUAUUUCUCCACUUCUAGAAUCCAAUCUUGACUUAAUGAGAUCCAAGCCAAACUGUUUGGGAAAUCUGUGGCCAUCAAGACCCUUACAACUAUUGGAGGGAUGCAGGAAAUCGUCCAUCCACAACACUGGCUAUUGGGUGCUGAGAGCUAGAUUUCAGCGACAAAUCUGAGAGCUAGAUUUCCAGCGACAAAUCUCCUCUACAGCGGGCGACUAAUCUCCCCAUAUUGACUUCCUGCAAGAAUACGAGUUGCCGGUGGUAUCGCUUCGGAUUUCCAAAGUUGCCUGAAGUUGCCUCACUAAUAGUGGUCUCAGUAGGACCGAAGUAGGACGCCGUUCUUUUAUCAGUCAUUGAACCGCAAUGCAAGAAGAUUGUUUACCGCAAAUUAACUUUCUGGAUUAACAGAAGACCCAAUUUCACCCUAACUUGCUCUUAGGCUGGGCCUGUUGAAACGGCGCUGGGCCCCACAGUGGGAACGACUGAUCUAGAGAGACUUAGGCUGUAUAUGCCAUAUGAUAUAAUUGCUUAUCAGAGCAUCAAACCGGAAUGUGAUACUCAAGGCAAGUACCACUUUAUAGGGUGCAUUAAAUUCCCUGACUGCUUCCAAGUCAAAUUAUAGUGUCCAGACUGUGUAUAGGGAAGACGCACACCAACUUAUAUCAGCAUAAGACAUUGCCACAUUUUAUUGUUGAAGUUGUAGCACAAGUUUUUGGGGACCAACCCCUUCCUCAGGUGCAAUACACACUAGUGAACACAAACCCUUGGGAUGGAAACGUGAUUCAUUUAACCCCAUCCCAGUCGCAUGUUUAAAGGAACAGUGACCAAAAAAUUAAAGUCUUUUAACAUAAUGAAAAUUUAAUGUACUGCCGUGCUGC